AUGUCAACUUCAAAAAAUAUCAUCUAUCUCAGCGAGACCAAAGACUGGGAUGACUGGCUCUAUGUCAUAGAAUCUUACAUGGACUCAAUCGAAUUCCGCCCUUAUAUCAAUCUUGAUACGGAAAUCCCUCCACCAGAGAAUCCAGGCAGUUUCACUACAACGGCGGAGUCAGUUCCUGUUUAUAUGCACAGCACGCUCGUAUAUGAGCAUCAUUCAAAAACCAAAGCGUAUGAUGAUUACAUAAAGAACAAGAAACUGAUGCAUGCCUACAUCAUGGAACACCUCUCAAGGGAUGACUACACCAUUACCAAAGGCAAGGACAACCCUAGAGAUAUCAUUCUCAUCCUUAAAGAGGCGAUCGCACUAAGUACUCGACAACGUCAACAUGACAUCCAAAUCGAAUUAGAAUCUCUCUGCUUGGGCCUGAAGAACAAAGAGAUUACUCAAUGGAUCCAUAAUCUUCAUCAAUUCAUCAAUGCUGUCAAAGCCAUUGACCCCAUGUUCGCUGAGAUUGAGCGGACAAGCAUUGUCAAACGAAAUCGCAAGAACAAACCAAUGAUCACUAUGACAGAACUUAUCAAUAACUACCGAGAUCACCAUCGCACUACCAUUGAGGAUGAAAUUGAGUCAAUGCUCAAGAACUCUGUAUUCUCUGCAGCAACAUAUCAGAGCCAAUCCACCCAAUCAAUGAAUAACCCCCGAACUACUGAGGACGCCACAAUCAAUGAAAAGAACUGUCUUCAGCCUGCUGGCUUCAAUCCGAAGGCCGAAGCAUAUACAAAGAUUCAAGAGGCCUAUAAGAGAAAUGACAGACUACCAGGUAUUGUCAAUAAUAUUAUCAUGAACUGGAAACAGAAGAAGGAUAAGAAAAACACCACCACUCGAUCCACUACUACCAUCACAACGGCUGUCGCGCCUACUGAAAAAGAAGAUGAGGAUUCAACUCUCCAUCUAUCCCGCUUUGCCAACAAGGAAACCAAUUUGACAGUUAUAACGGGAAACUCAGAGAUUCAGGUCAAAGGACGCGGUGAUGUUAAACUCACCGUCAAAGGCGCCGCUGGGAUGGAGGAGAUUACUUUGCUAAACACAGUUUAUAUCUCAAAUUUCCAUACCAACAUCGCAGCGGCCCUCUUUUUCAACAAGGCUGGCCUCAUGGCCAAUGAACUAAAUCACACCAUAACCACAAGAACUGGAGCUAUUCGAUUUUACCUGCAACGGAUUCAUGAAAAUUUGUGCUUGAAUACAAACCAGUUGAGCAGGAAUCUGUCUUUGCAGUUUAUCUCUACCUUGACCCCCCCACAUCGGCCACCUCCUUACUGUGGCAUAAACAACUAG